CAAAAACCCACCAAUUCAUUAUCUCAAAAAAUUAGAAUAUGGUGACAUGCCAAUCAGCUAAUCAACUCAAAACACCUGCAAAGGUUUCCUGAGCCUUCAAAAUGGUCUCUCAGUUUGGUUCACUAGGCUACACAAUCAUGGGGAAGACUGCUGAUCUGACAGUUGUCCACAAGACAAUCAUUGACACCCUUCACAAGGAGGGUAAGCCACAAACAUUCAUUGCCAAAGAAGCUGGCUGUUCACAGAGUGCUGUAUCCAAGCAUGUUAACAGAAAGUUGAGUGGAAGGAAAAAGUGUGGAAGAAAAAGAUGCACAACCAACCGAGAGAACUGCAGCCUUAUGAUUGUCCAGCAAAAUCGAUUCAAGAAUUUGGGUGAACUUCACAAGGAAUGGACUGAGGCUGGGGUCAAGGCAUCAAGACACAGACAUGUCAAGGAAUUUGGCUACAGUUGUCGUAUUCCUCUUGUUAAGCCACUCCUGAACCACAGACAACGUCAGAGGCGUCUUACCUGGGCUAAGGAGAAGAAGAACUGGACUGUUGCCCAGUGGUCCAAAGUCCUCUUUUCAGAUGAGAGCAAGUUUUGUAUUUCAUUUGGAAACCAAGGUCCUAGAGUCUGGAGGAAGGGUGGAGAAGCUCAUAGCCCAAGUUGCUUGAAGUCCAGUGUUAAGUUUCCACAGUCUGUGAUGAUUUUGGGAAGAAGAACUGGACUGUUGCCCAGUGGUCCAAAGUCCUCUUUUCAGAUGAGAGCAAGUUUUGUAUUUCAUUUGGAAACCAAGGUCCUAGAGUCUGGAGGAAGGGUGGAGAAGCUCAUAGCCCAAGUUGCUUGAAGUCCAGUGUUAAGAUUCCACAGUCUGUGAUG